AGUAACAGAUACAUUUUACAACUAACACAACAUUGAGAAAUGCCCAAUCAAGCCCUUCAAUAAAAAAUGACUGAUUACUAUAAGAUUCUAAAAGUACCUAAAACGGCAACGAGCGAUGAAAUUAAGAAGGCUUAUCGCAAGCUGGCUCUAAAAUGGCAUCCAGAUAAAAAUCCCAAUGAUACAGAAGAGGCCAACCGAAAAUUCCGAGAAAUCUCGGAAGCGUACGAAGUGUUGUCAGAUAUGAAGAAAAGAAAAAUGUAUGACACUGGAAAAUAUAGCGAUGUAGGGAGACAUCAUACGGGCCAAGAUGAAGACUACUUCAAUUUUGGAGGAUUCACCUUCACUUUCCGCGAUCCUGAAGAUGUAUUCAGAGAAUUUUUUGGUGGCAGUAUCUUUGAUUUCUUUUCUGAACAGCAGAGUUCGAGCGCAAGAAAAGGCAGACACUCCAAUCAGGAAACUUCCCUGUUCAACCCUUUGGGAUCAUUUUUUGAUGACAGUUUUUCGUUGAGAACGCCUGGUCAGUAUACUUCCUUUUCCAGCGUUGAAAGUUGUUUCAGCAGCGGAUCUCCCAAUGGCACUCACGUUAAAAAGACUUCCACCUCGACAAAAAUUGUUAAUGGUAAGAAAGUUACUACCAAGAAAAUUUUUGAAAAUGGAAGGGAAGUCAUUAUGAAAUAUGAAGAUGAUGUGAUGACUUCUAAGACAAUCAACGGUAUUCCUCAGAGCAUUACAUAUCAGUAGAAUUUAUGACAGUUUUGUAAAACCAUUUGUGAUAGAAAAUAUAUUCUGGAUCUCCAGGUUCCUUUAUUCCUUGCUUCAUAUAUCAAUGGAAAUCUAUAAAAUCUUAUUCAAAAACUACAUCUCAGUAAACACCUAUUUAUACAGGGUGUCCGCUAAAAGGAGGUCAAUCCAUUAAACAUAUAUGCCUUGAACAAAAACGAUAU